AUGGAUCUGUCCGACCUUCCCUUCCCUCUCUCCUCAGCCGAUGACCUCUACGAUGACCCCUGCUUCAGCACCAGUGACAUGAACUUUUUUGAUGACCUGGACGCUCGGCUGUUACACGCCGGCCUGCUGAAGCCAGAGGACCACCAACAUCACCGUCAACACCAACACGUCCCCAAGGAUGAGCAUGUGAGGGCUCCUGGGGGCCUCCACCAGGCCGGGCACUGCCUGCUGUGGGCCUGCAAGGCCUGCAAGAGGAAGACAACACAUGCAGACAGAAGAAAAGCGGCAACCAUGAGAGAAAGACGUCGGCUUAGUAAAGUCAACGACGCCUUUGAGACCCUGAAACGCUGCACGGCCUCCAAUCCAAACCAGCGGCUGCCCAAAGUGGAGAUCCUGCGCAACGCUAUCAGCUACAUCGAGUCCCUGCAGACGCUGCUGAGGGCCGGCCGGGAGGACGCCUUCUACCCUCCACUGGAACACUACGGCGGGGACUCGGACGCCUCCAGCCCCUGCUCCAACUGCUCUGAUGGCAUGAUGGAUUUCCUCUCUCCGUGUUCGGCCAGAAGUGAAAACAGUGACUGCAGCCCGACGGCAGACGAUUCCAGCAGCACUAAACGGUCCCUCAUUUCCAGUUUGGACUGUUUGUCCAGCAUCGUAGAGCGGAUCAGCACGGACCCGGCCGUGGCCCCCGCAGGAGACAGCGUGGUCCCCCGGGGCCCCGGAUCACCUCACAACAGCCCUGCUGUCUCUAGUCCCUCUGCUGAACCCAACAGUUUGUACGAGCCGCUCUGA